CCAUAAAGCCGAGCAGAAAGGUCGGGAACAGAGACUAACGGAGAUCAGUUGGGACCUGGGCAGACGGAGACAUGGAGGCGAUUCAUCCAGGCUUCACCGCCAGCACGUCUUUCUGCUUGCUUCUUCUGAUUCUGCUUUCAACGUCCGACGCACAAAUCUGCUCUGCAAAGUCACCAGUGGAGUUUGCAGAAAACAACACGGUGGGAGCCGUCGUCUUGGAGAUCACCGUCCAACCAGGCGUGACCCUUGAGUUCCAAGCUCCUGUAAGCCCCGACAACCCGUUCGUCUUGGAAAGAAACAGUCUGUUAGCUGGGAAGGUGUUGGACUAUGAGAAGAACAAAAAUCAUGAAAUCAAUAUCAUCUGCACUAAGACGGACACCAGCGAGAAGUUCCCUCUCACCAUCGUCGUACUUGUGGUCAAUUUGAAUGAUAACUAUCCGCUCUUUGACCAAGACACGUACCUGGUUAACGUCCCUGAGAUGUCUCCUGUAGACACAAGUGUGGGCCGCUACGCUGCCACGGACUUGGAUGGUCAACAAAUCCUCUACUCGCUGACGCCUCUAUCUAAGGGCUUUAAGCUGAGGUCACAGACCAACCCGGAUCUCCUCGUCGAGAUGCCCCUUGACUACGAGAAAGUCAAAACUGUUGAGCUGAUAUUAACUGCUGUGGAUGGGCCGCCGGGCAGUGAUCCCUUCAGUGCCACCACCACCAUCCUGAUCUCCAUCUUAGACGUGGACAACAGGCCGCCGUGGUUCCAGCCCUGCAACAAACACGAGGUCGGGGGGGCAGUUGUCUGCCAGAAUGACGGCUACACCGGCAGGGUCGUCUUGAACGAACAAGAGCCCGGAGCGUUGCCUCUGGAUCCCGGGCCGCUGUACGCCAUCGACGGAGACUCAGGGAUCGGAGAGGCGGUAACGUACUCGUUCUUAAACGGAGACGCCGGCGGCCUGUUCCGGAUCCACCCCGUCUCUGGGAACAUCACCAUGCUAAAGCCGGCUAACCAGCUGGUGCCGAUCGGCCUGACGGUUCUGGCUGCUCAGAGUACCAACAGAUUCCAGUUUGCCAUCACCUCCGUCACAAUCAGCGUGCAGCUGAAGAGUCUAUACCCCCCGAAGUUUCAGAGGUCACAGUACGAAGGCGUCGUCACCGGAGUGGGCGUCAUGGCAACGGAGCUCAACGCCCCGGACAAGCCGCUGCGGAUCCUCGCUACAGACGAGGACUACGGCCCUGAGGGUAUAAAUCCCUACAUUUCCUACUUUGUUGACGGGAGCAGUGAUUUUGCCAUCGUCGGCGGCUAUUUGUUCCUGACAAAGGAUCUCCCGGGGGGCUUAUUGACUCUGCAGUUGAGCGCCUUGGACACGACCAACGAUGAAAAAGCUUCGGUUCAGCUGCUCCUGGAGGUGACUUCAGGUCUAACCACCACCAGUUUGCCUCUGAGCACCACAGACACGACGUCCUCCACCGACAGCAUGGCCACAGAAGAAGUGUCCACCUCCGACCCAACGGCCUCCACCCCCGUCAGCCUCUCAACGGCCUCCACCACUAAUCCAACUGGCCCCCCCCCGGGCGCCUUCGGGGUGGUGGACAUGGCAGCGCUCGGGGCCACGCUAGGCGUCCUGCUGCUGAUCUGCCUGGCGGUCAUCGUGGCGCUCGUGGUCCGCAUCCGGAAGGCAGACGCGGACGGGAAGAAGGUUUUCGAAGCCAGCGUCUUCCAAAGCUCGCUGGGUCGAGGCGGGCAGAAGGGGGGCAUCCAGUUCACCAACGAGGCCUUCCAACACGAUGAAGAUGGAGACAGCCUGGGCUCCGGUAGCCCGGCGCCAGGAUACCUCGGCGGCAGUAUUGCGUCGGGCGACCUUCCAGUGAAGUCUCCGCUGCCGCUGCGUUCUCUCCCACGUGGGGAUGAUGGUGAUGACGAUGGCAGCCAGGCGGGCUCGGACAGCGCCGACAGCGAGGGGAAGGAUGUAAAACCUAUCCUGACCAAGGAGAGGCGCGUGGACGACGGCUACAAGUCCGUCUGGUUCAAGGAGAACGCCAAGGACGAGGUGGUCAUCAUCCAGGACAGCGAGGAGGAAGAGGAGGAGGAGGAAGACGACGACGACGACGUGAAGAAGCCGUCGUCCAGCGGCAGAGAGGAAGACGAAAGCCCGCGGGUUAGAACCCAGAGGGUCGGCUUUAACGACACCGAUCUGGACAGCGGGCUCGGGGUGAAGAUGGAGGAUCCUGAAGAUGACUCAGAGGGUGACGAAGACAUGAACAAUCAUCUGUGAAAACGCCCACAAUAAAAUGUAAUGAUUUAUCAGCAAUUGGCUGACAGCCUGAUCAGUUAAUGACAGAGGCGCAGUGAACCAGCACUGAAAGCACCCUAUAGGAUUUUUAAAAGGGUAAUUAAAUUAAUACCUUGAGUAAGUGCUUUUAAAUACAUUCCACAGCAUUAUUUGUGUAAAUACUUGUCAUAAUUACUGUGGAGAUACCUUUAAGAUAAAUUAAAGAUAUUACGUUCAGGUUUUAUAUCAGUCUGAGGAAAUACGGGAAUUCAGACCAACGUUUCUGUGGACAUUGCUUGUAGUGCAGUUACAGUAGAAGAUGAUCUUAUGAAUUCUAUUGAUUUUUAAAAAUGACAUGAACUUGUCAUAAGGCGUUAAAGCACAUUCAUUAAUAUUCUAAUUUAAUGAAUGAAAAGUUGUCUGUACGUUUAGCUUCUCCCUUUAGUGGAUAUUUUGCACAAGAGUUUCCAGACCUAGUAAUUAUAGUUGAUAAUUCAUCGCUUAUAGUGAUUGGUUUCAGCACUGAAAAGACGCACGCGAUCAUGUCGUCUGAAACGCACACACACUAUAAAACCCUCCCUGCUGAUAACGAAGACGGUAAAACAUAAUGAUCGGAGCAAACUCUGAACUUCCAUCAAGCAGAAAUCUGACACAUCAGUCAGCAGAUGAACUGAACAAAUUUAAAUUAAUGAAAAUAAAAUGUGACUGAUUGUUGGCUCAAACCAUUAAAACCGUAACCUGAGAAA